AUGGCGAUCAAGCAUAACCAGCAGAUUCCGAACAACCACUUCCGCAAGCACUGGCAGCGGCGUGUGCGGUGCCACUUCGACCAGCCCGGCAAGAAGGUCACCCGCCGUCUGGCUCGUCGUGCGAAGGCUGCUGCCCUCGCCCCCCGCCCUGUCGACAAGCUCCGCCCGAUUGUCCGCUGCCCCACCGUCAAGUACAACCGCCGGACACGUCUGGGCCGCGGCUUCACUCUUGAGGAGCUGAAGGCUGCUGGCAUUCCCCGUCUCCUUGCCCCCACCAUCGGCAUUGCUGUCGACCACCGCCGCAAGAACCUCUCUGAGGAGAGCCUCGCUGCCAAUGUCCAGCGCCUGAAGGACUACAAGGCCCGCCUCAUCCUCUUCCCCCGCAAGUCCAACAAGCCCAAGAAGGCCGAUACCCCCAAGGACCAGCAGACCGCCGAGACCACUACCAGCCUGCGCACUUCCUUCGGCGUCGAGCAGCCCCUUGCCCCCGGCUUCACCGAGAUCUCCAAGAGCGAGAUCCCCGCCGGUAUCGAGGGCGGUGCCUACCGCGCUUUGCGGAAGGCGCGGUCGGACGCCCGUCUGGUUGGUGUCCGGGAGAAGCGUGCGAAGGAGAAGGCCGAGGCCGAGGCCAACAAGAAAUAA